AAAGAAUAAAAACUGCAAUUAAAUCGUUUUUAUUCUGUCGAUAUUUUGAAAGGCGUGAAGGAGUGAAACUGUGCAUACGCAUAAGAUAGACGGACAGAAUGGAGAUUCCCAGUGAGCUUCUGCCGCUGCUCAGCUGCCCUCUGUGCGGGCGUCUCUACUCAGAGGAGGGCAGACAUGUGCCCAAGUUGCUCAGCUGCCAGCACUGCUACUGCAAGGAUUGCCUGGACAAGGAGCUGCUGUGGUCGUUGCCCUGCAAUGGCCGAGAGUGGAUCUGUGGCAGGUGCGGAAUGAGCACCAAGCUCGAGCCGGAUAUGUUGCCCGAACCGGAGUACAUCAUCUAUUUAAUACGCAACUUGAGGGCCCUGCAGUUGGGACAAGUGAUGAUGGCGAUGCAAGCGGGCCCCACCAGCCCCCAAGCUGUCGAGGCUGGAGCCGCAAAGCCCAUCCCUGAGCCUGCAAACAUGGCUGGAUGGCUGGAUGAUGUCUGCGUGAACCGUUUCCUGACCAACAGCUGCGAGCAUUGCUUGAUCCAUGGGUUGCCGAACACGACCUGGUGCCACAACUGUCGACAUCUGAUGUGUCGCGCCUGCGCCAAUGGCGCGGCACAUUCCGAGCACCAGUUGACCUGCCACAUGGACUUCAGCGAGCUGGUCCACCAGCUGCUCUCCAAUGAGAUGGACAAAAUCAAGAGGGCCUGCAGUGAGGUCGAUGCGCUGGCCCGCCGCGAUAUGGCAAUGCUUCGGGUUCUCUUUGAAGGCUGUCACCAGCUUCAGAAUACCGUCAGAAAGGAGAUCCUGGGCCACAAGCCCAGCAUGGUUGUCUUGCACAUGCGCGACUGGCUGAUGCGAUCCGAGACGAUGCUCAGCCGCCUGUGGGGAGAGGGUGCCCUCGGGGUCUACGAGAUGCAUCAACUCCUGGGCCGGGCCUCCGCAAAGGUGAAGCUAUUCCGCAAGCAGGUUUUGCAUCUUCAGUUCCAGUAUAACAUGCGAGCCAUCAUCCAGGAGAAUGGCAUGCACAUGCUGACCUUUGAGCUGCUCAACGAGCGAAUUCUGGGUCUACAGCGGAACCCCAAUCCCAAUCCACCCCAGGGCAUACCUGGGGACGGAGUGCCGCCAGCUUUGGUGAUGAUCAAUUACUGCAUCUACAACUACUGGCAACAGGUGCAGCAACAGGUGUUGCUGAUGCCCCGCCAGGAGCAUCCACCGCUCCACAGUCAACCCCGCCAUGAGCACUCCCUGAUGCUACCGAUCAAUAACCUGUGGCAGAUAUCUCCUCUGGAGCCAGCUCCCUCUACCAGCUGCAGCAGCCACAGCUUCUUGACCCACAACUAUCCCCAUCCGGCAGCCCAGCUCUUCAACAACGACUACAACCGCCUGAAUCUGGGCCUACUGCUUGGACAGAACAAUGCACAGUCACAGCAACAGCAACAGCAUCAGCAACAAAUGGGUAACCAAGCCUCCGGCAUGCGUCAGCAUGGGCAUGGCCAUGGGACAGCCAUUGGAUUGGUAAGCAUUGGGCGGUUGCCCUUAGUACACUGUUAUCCCAUAUAUUACAUGGAUAUGGAAAUAGCAGGGCGUCUGGCCGGGCGAGUACUAAUCGAAGUGAACAAGGAUGCUGCGCCCCGGAUGGCCGAAAACUUUGGCUCGCUUAUCCGGCAGGAUCGCGGCUUUGGGUACCGGGGAUGCGUCGUCUUUCAGACCUGGGGCAACGAGAGCAUUAUCACGGGGGACUUUGAGUCGCAGAACGGUCGCGGCGGAUAUGCCGCCUUCGAGGAGCGCUUCUUUCAGCCGGACAACAGCAGACUAAAAUCCCACCGGGGUGCGGUUGGCAUGCGGCGAAGUCAGAAGCGACACGACCACCACGGACUCGUCGGCAGCCAGUUCCGGGUCCUGCUGAACGAACAUCAGAUAUUUACGGCCAUAUUUGGCUACAUAAUCGAUGGCAUCGAAAUGAUAGACCGAAUCGCUGCGACUGGCAACUCGAUCGGGCGACCUGGUGUGCGAUCCAUCAUCAAAGAUUGCGGGUUGUACCGUCCUGUAGGAACUGAGAACCGAUCGGACCAACCUUUACCCCCAUGAGGAGCCCCAUUACUCGGAUCUACUAUACACAAUUUUUGAAGCAUCGUAAAAUAUAUGUAAUAUAAGAUAAGACAGACAAGACAGGUGUUUUUUUGAAAGUAAUCUCUUUGAUGUCCGUUUUUGAUUGUAUUGUACAAUAUUGUAUGUUAUAUUAUAAUAUUGUUCCGUGGAAUAACAAAACGAACAAGAAAUAAAAAAGCCAAAUUGUCAAAAAUGAGACUUGUGAAACUUUUAGAAAUAUUUUACAAAACGGAAUAAUACCAAACAGAGAGAGAGAGAGGAUAAGAGAUAAAAAGCAACAUUUUUAGGCUGUUUUAAAUAAUAAUAAUAGUAAAAAAAAGUAUUAUUUCUUUUUUGUUCUUCUAUAAAUACAAAGUCGAUGGAAAAUAGUUAAUGAUAUUUGUGAAAUUUCUUGGUAUUUAAGGUCUAAAUGGAAAUUGGUUAUUGGCUAUUAAAUUUUAUAGGCAUAAGGUAUACAUGAAACACAAUCCUACAAUCCGUAGGAUGUUUCAAGCGCUACAACAUUACCUGGCUAUGAAAUAAAAAAUUAAUACCUUAACUAAAAGGUAUUUUAAAAAUUAUAGAUAUCCAAUAAAACAUAAUAGCUACAUCUGAAUGGAAAUCUUAUAAAAUAGCACGAAAAUUGAGAAAUGAUUCCAGAUAAAGAUGAUAUCUAUAUCUACAUACAUAUAUAUAUAUAUAUAUAUAUCUACAAUAAAGUAAACUAUGCAAUAUAUCAAACGAUAUUCUAUUUAGUACACACUACGUGAUCUAUGAAAGACAUUAAAUAUCACAUCUUUGUACGUCUGUAAAACAUCUCAAUACAUUCGAGGUACACUUCAUAUUUACGAUGAAGUAAAUUAAUGCAAAUCGAAUACAGAACACUACGAUAUACGAUACACGAUACACGAUACACGAUACGAUAUACGAUUGAUAUAAGGUUUCCACCUACAAGAAACUCUCUACAUCUUUGUCGAUAUUGUAACACUAACUAAUAAGAAUCUCUAUAAAAAAAAAACAAGAAAUAGGUGAAAUCUUGCGUAGAUGUUAACUAUAUUUACAGGAGAUUUAUCCAUAAAAUCACAAAACAAUAGCGAUUUACCAGAAGUAAAUGUUUGAUGUCUAUAUAAGCUUUUGUUGUGACCAUUAUAAACGAAUUGUGACAUAAGAAUAGUUCUAUAGACAUAUAUCAUAAACAAGGAACAAGUGAUUUUAUUUAAAAGUAAAUCAAAACGAAGGAUCAAUUGAAGUCUAGAAGCUUUAGGAAUCGAGUAAUUUUGAUAUUAUAUAUGCAGAGGUAUACGAAAUAUUUGAGUUAGGUUUAGGUCGGUUUAGCAUUGCGUUUUGAUUUAUUAUUAUUCAUAUUAAUCUUUUAUCAAUCAAGCAGAAUUAAAAAAAAAAAGUAAGAAAAAGAUAGUAUUAUUCGAAACAUAUACGAUUAAUAAGAGAUAUAAAACAUAUAUGUGAUGGAUGAUAUUAAAAGAUAAGAUAUGGUAAUACACAAUACACAGCAGAUGAGGCAAUUAUACAUUCGUUUGUAAAUGGAACGAAUGUAAUUACUACAGAAAAUUAAUUUAUAUUUUAACUUGUCUAUUAAUAUUAAUAAGAAUCGUGUAAUUUAAAUUAAUUAAAUUUAAAUAUUAGGUAAAAGAAACAUUAUAUUUGUUAUAUUAUUUGAUUAAAUCAAAUCGAAAAUUCUUUGAGUUCAAAUAUAUGACAAAAUUAAAUUAAUUUUUAAGGAAAGUCUAAGAUUUCAAAAAAAUCAUCGAAACGGUGGCAAAAAAGCGCAUCAAACACGAAGAAAUCUCAAAUAAAAAUUUGCUCAAAUGGUAUAUAGUUUACCGAGAAUCCAAGUAAUCGUAUAGGUACUAUAUCCAUACUUGUGUUGUAAAUGUGUCUGGUUAUUAAUUCUUAAGACGUGUUUCUUGUAAAUCAUAAUUGGUAUGGAUUUUUGGCAAAGAGCACUCCACAGAGCAAUGAUGCGAAGUACAAACACAAGCGGAGAAGGGAGAAGAGAACGAAUAAUGGUCAUUAAAAUCCAGAGGAUUUAAAAAGAUACCCACACACUACACCGAGUUUAAAGGUAUUUAAGUGUUAAAUGUCCAUAGAUAAUCAAACUUUACAUAGCUUUUAAGCAAUAAUCGAAAUGUAAUCCCUGUUCAAUUGGUGUCUAAAUAUGCAGUGUGUUUAAAUGUGAAAGUUUUCAAUAAAUGUUGCAGAACUCAAACCCGAAUGGAAGGCACAUCAUAUCGAUUAUAUCACUCACCUUAUAGAAGACAUCUGGAACAUACUGCUUAUCUGUGGACUCUCGCACAUAUCCCAAUUCGGGAGCCUCCUUAGUGGGUACCAGACAAUCAUCUCGGACCAGAGCCAU